UCGACGGUCGUGUUAUCAACUGCACUUGGUUUACGUUUCAUUGCCAUUUCACAACGCAUAAAUAGAUAUUGAAAAAUAUAAAAUGCAAGCACCGCCGCCCGAGCACUGCCCUGGCGUGGAGAGCGAACAGGCCGGCCUGGUCAGCGCCUGUGCCGGCUGCCCCAAUCAAAGCAUUUGCAGUGAUCCCAGCAAGAAGCUUGAGGAUCCCGGCAAGGCGCUGGUUGCCGCCGCCAUGAAAGAUGUCAAGCAUAAGCUGCUGAUUCUCUCGGGCAAGGGAGGUGUGGGCAAGAGCACGGUUACCACGCUGCUGACACGCUACUUGGCACGCAGUUACCCCGAUAACAAUUUUGGCGUCUUGGACAUUGAUAUUUGUGGGCCAUCGCAGCCUCGUCUGUUGGGCGCCCUGGGCGAGAAUGUGCAUCAAUCCGGCUCAGGCUGGUCGCCGGUAGGCAUUGACGACAAUGUGUGCCUAAUGUCCAUCGGCUUCCUGCUGGGCUCUGUGGAUGAUGCCGUCAUUUGGCGCGGGCCCAAAAAGAACGGCAUGAUACGACAGUUUCUCAGCGAGGUGGACUGGGGAAAUCUGGAUUUGCUCUUGCUGGACACGCCGCCGGGUACAUCGGAUGAGCAUUUGUCCGUGGUCACGUAUUUGCGCGACGACAACGCGCCCGAAUCCUUGCAUGCCAUUAUUGUGACCACGCCGCAGGAGGUGGCGCUGCUGGACGUGCGCAAGGAGAUUAAUUUCUGUAAAAAGCAACGCAUACCCAUCCUGGGCGUCAUUGAGAACAUGAGCAGCUUCCGCUGUGGACACUGCGGCAACAGCUCAGAGAUCUUUCCCGCCAAAACGGGCGGCGCGGCGGCCAUGUGCACCGAAAUGGAUGUGCCGCUGCUCGGCUCAUUGCCGCUCGAUCCGCUCGUGACACGCUCCUGCGAUGCCGGCGAGGAUAUAACAGCCAUGCGCAACGAGACCACCGAAGCGCUGGCCACCAUCUGCAGCAAGAUCAUGAGCAGCCUUUAGUCUAGUUUAUUGUUAAUUAUGAUUUGUACUGUUUAUUAAAGUUAUGCGUAUAGAUAUUAUUAA